CAACGUCCUAGAUAUUAACUUGUAUUUACAGAGCUAUCCAAUAAAAGAUUUCAGAUACUUACAACAUGUCGGAUGGAAGUGAAAAGGUGGUGCCAAAGCAAGAGCUACAUACAUUUGUGGUUCGAGCAAUGGAGGCUGUUGGUCUAAAGUUAGACAGGUGUUCAGUCCUAGCCGAUUUGCUGGUAUCUGCAGACUAUAGAGGGCAUUACAGUCAUGGAUUGAAUCGAUUAGAUAUGUAUAUGAAUGAAAUAAAAUCUGGAACAGCAUCUAAAGAAAAUAAAGAACCGGAUAUUGUAAAAGAAUCUGCUGGAACAGCACUAGUGGAGGGAAAUAAUUUAAUUGGUCCAUAUGUUGCCAGAUUUUGUAUGGACCUUGCUAUUCAGAAAGCCAAAACAGCUGGUAUAGGUUUUGUUUCCUGUAGAGGAUCAAACCAUUUCGGAAUAGCAGGGUGGUAUAGCUUACGUGCAAUGGAGCAAGGUUUUCUGGGCAUGGCAUUCUGUAAUACUUCUCCUAUGAUGGUUCCUACAAGAGGGACAACGAGAACUUUGGGAACAAAUCCGUUAAGUCUUGCAGCGCCGGCAAAUAAUGGUGAUAGUUUUGUCUUGGAUAUGGCAACCACUGCAGUAGCAUUGGGAAAGGCAGAAUUACAAGACAGAAAAGGAGAACCGUUACCAGGUGGUUGGACUGUUGACCAGAGUGGUCAUGAAACACGUGACUUUAAGAAUCUCCAUGGUUUAAUGCCUCUUGGUGGAAAGGAAGAAAGUAGUGGAUACAAGGGCUAUGGUCUCGCUAUGAUGGUAGAAACAUUUUGUGGUAUUUUAAGUGGUGGUGCAUUUGGACCAUUUGUACGACAGUGGAAAGCAUUUGAAAGACCUGCAAACUUAGGACAGUGCUUCAUAGCUAUUGAUCCCAGUCAAUUUGAAGAAGGGUUUACAAACAGAAUGCAGACAUUAAUUGAUGCUUGCCGGAAUCAGCAAUCAGCGGAUAAGGAUCCAGUAUUAGUUCCAGGAGACCCAGAGAGAAACCACAUAGAACUCUGUGACAAACUCGGUGGCAUACCUUAUCAUGAAAAUCAAAUAAAAUUUGCUAAUGAAAUUGCAACGACCUACAAUAUAGCUCCAAUGAAAACUUUAUGAUAGAAACAUUUCUGAACUAAUUACAAUAAACAUUAUGCUCUCACUUUGGGAUAAAUUAAAUAAAUAUUAUCUCGAGAAUAACUUGUGGUUUUAAAGCAAUGUGUAAACUGGUGAACAAUAGAAAAACUCAUCUUAUGAAAAAGGUAACAACAUCAGUCGUUUGUUUUCCUUGGUAACCAUACUAAUUGAAAGUUAUUUAGAAACCUCAAUUAUAUAUUAAAAAAAAGAAGACAGGGUAUAGAAUUGUGUUAGCCUGUGAGACAGUACGUAUACAUUUCGCUGGCCACGAAGGACAACUAAAAAUUCUAAUACACUGUCGGGAAAUGAAGCUGCGCUUAUGUGUUGCAUUUUGGUGUUUGAUUAGCUUGUAGACAGAAAUAAUGCCUAGACUCCGAAGGCCAAGCUGAUAUGUAAAGUUAAGUAAAAUAAAGUUGAGUCAAAGUCAUUGAAACAUUAAGUAUAUGCAAGAUAAACAUAAUAAAUUUACGGUGAAUAAUAUCAUAAUUAUUAUAAUAUAACUAUAUAUUUACAUUUGUAUCAUGUCUAUAAAACAUUUCAGUUCUGUAAAAACAUAACUAUCAAUCCAGCAUAUAAAAAACUAUUUCUUCUACUUACAAUAUUUAUUAUAUAAGCAGGUCUUGGCAAUCACAUCAUAACAAUCAGUACUUUUAAAAAGAUAUAUAAACUUACCAUCAUCAGAUAAAAUGUUAGAAUCAACAAACUUUCACGCAAAUCUGCACAUAAAGGACGGUCUAAUAAAACAUUUGUCUCAUCUUCAAUCGGAUUAUUACAUAAAAAGCCAGUAAAAAGCAAACUCUUUUAUUUAAAGUUUUCUUUUCAUAGCGACCUGUUCCUAAAUUUAGCAAAUGCACUUCUGUAUCGACUUGAAAUGUUCUUACUCAAAUACAUCUCUCUUUCAAAACAUCUUUAAACAAUUUCUAAGUCUGUAUUUUUUUCCAACAUUUUGUGACAAUGCCAGUUUACCUUAUUUUUAUCAAAUAAAAAAAUCUUCUAACAGUGUUAUAAUAUUUUUAUGCAACACAUUCUCUAAAUCAGUGAUUAAAUCGAAAUUUUGUUCUUUUUAUUAGUAGCAUUUCUAAAAACCCAUCGAAAAACUUUAUAAUUCACUCUAUCUGUUGACAUAACAUUACAUUUAGCCCAAUGUCUAAAACCACAACUCCACUGCUUAACACAUGGGGGUUUCCAACCCAUAUCCCCAUUAAUGGCAUAAUUUGGUGUAUAUAUACCAAGAACAAUAAAAAAAAACGGAUAGCUCUGUGCAUGAAAAAUCUCUAGUGCCCCAUAUGGUUGCACCAUAACUUAUUACCAUGCUAUAAAAGAGUUUAGUAUAUGUAUUAAAGUGGAAACCUCCAUGUGCUUUACUCUUUACAAUCAGUAAACUCAAUGCUCUCCCUGCUGACCUUGCUACAGCUUUAGCCAUCUCAUAAAUUUAGUCAAUAAUAAGCUGAGAUAAUGAUAUUUUGAUACAUCACACAACUGUUUUUCACCGAGUUAAAAUAUCACAUUUGUUGAUUAAACAGAGGUAUUUCUAAAAUGAACAAUCUUUGCCUUUUCAAAGUUAACAUUGAAUUUCAAUAAUUCAUUUUUACACCCUGUUUUAAGAAUAUCUCACAUUUAUUGUAAAUCAUUUCAUUUUCAGCAAUUAAUACAAUAUCAUGCAUAUAAUGGAAUACCAACUUUUUCACCAUCAAUAUCAAAUACCGGUAUCUAGACAUUUGAUGUCUGUGACUAAACUAUUUAUAAAAAUAUUAAAUAAUAUAGGUGAUAAAACACACCCUUGUUUUAAGUCUGAGUUAACAUUGAACCACUCAGUCGUAUUUCCAUUCAAUUUAAUUGCACAUUCAAUCUGACAAUAGAUAAUUUUAAUAGAAUUCCAAAAUGUUGUCCUGAUUCAAAUAUCAUUUAAAUCUUUGAACAAUAAACUCUUGUUAACUGUAUCAUAAGCUUUCUUGAAAUCUACAAAGACAGCAAAAGUUGACCUUUUUGUAGUUUCCUCAUCUCAAAAAUGGACGUAAUUAUACUUCAAUGAUCAAUAGUGCUACUACUUUUACGUAAAACCAUUUUGCUCAUCAUGAUAAAUAUCUCUGUGAUCUAACCAAGUUACCAGUCUACUGUUUACAGCACCGCAAUACAACUUAAAAGCACACGGUGCUAAUUUAAAGUAAAUCGCCGAUACGACGAUGGAUAUCUGAGAUAUGAUGUAGAACACUAUAUGUGAUAGGUGUGAUUAUCCCUUUACACCACACAGAUAGAAUUUACCAAAUUUAAAACAUGUAUGGAAUAAUUUGUGCAAAACUUGUAAUAAUAAAUUAUUUUAAAACAAUUCUACAGGUAUCAAAUCAAUCCCUGGCGCUUUGCCAUUUUUUUAGGUCUUCUGAAAUCCUAUACUGCUGGCUGUUUCUAAAUAAAGAACCGUUUCCUGGAGUGUUGCCGUAUCCUUUUCUGUGCUUUACAAUUUUAUAACUUCCAUGUCUCAUGUCGACAUCGAUUUGUACACAUGAUGAUUAAGAAGAUUUUCAUAAGAAGUUUUCCAUUUGUUUAAAAAGAUGUUAGUUUCACAGCAAAUUGAACCAUCUUCUAGUACAACUUUUAUGUAUAUGUAUUAUAAUUAUGAUUUUUUGUUGGUAUUAUAUAUUUUGUGCUCUCUAUUUUUCUACAUGAUUGGUUCUGUACUUGAUUAUUUUCAUUAUGUAUCGUCAAAGUGCAAUCUAUAUGUAUACAUCAUCAAAAUUUAACAGAAAACUCAUAAAUACA